CCCAUCAAGUCCAUGGGCUGAUCGAUCCUGAUGAACUGUGCUUGAUACGUUCACGUUCCAACAUACAGCCAAAGUUUGGAUAAAGGUGUUACAGCAGUGGAUUAUACGUCGAAUAAUUCACACAUCGUUCAGUGCUUGACAGUUCUCAUUGACUUCCAAUGCAAGCCGAGGGCGUAUGACUCAUGUUGUACGUCGUACCCUCUUUCUAUCGGAACUAGCAGCCCGAUUUGUUAUGUUCUCGAGAGAGGGACUCGUCUGUGCCGUGAAAGAGACGAUAAAGUGCAGUGCAGUGAUUUUAGGAAGCCACCUGAUUUCGUAAGUCGGCACCAGAAGAUUCCAUUAAUGGUUUAUUUGCAAAAUGAAAAGCUUAAGUUCGUUAAUUACCAACUGAGCUAGUGAAAAGGCAAUGAGUGGUUCAGAAGAACAGCAAUUUUAAAACUACAGAACGAAGCUCCCUAGAAAAUGGCUUCCAUCUAAUGUAUCAUUAUGCUGCUCGCCUGAAAAACAGAUUAAACGUGUGAAAAGUUGAUUUUCGCUUGCAAAUCGAUCGAAAUUUACACUCUACUCCUACUGAGGAAGAAAACGAAAGAAAAAAUCUAUAUUAUACUGGAUGUUCGAAAAAGUGUUACGUGUUCUGUGAAGAAGGAGAAAAUUCAAGGACUGUGAAGGACUCAUGUGCAUUCAGUGCAAUAAAAUAGUGGCAACACGGGGCAAACCGAGUGCGGAUAAUUGCGGUGAAGUGAAAACUGAAUCGAUCGGUGGAACGGGCACGGGUGCCAUAAUUGUGGACGACGAGUCGUGAGCAAUCCGAUGAAAUGGUUAAUCGCUGCGAAAAAGUGGAGUUUCUGCUAGACAAGGUGAACAUUGUGGUUGAAUUGCAAUAUUCCUCGGUAGAGACUACCCAAAGCUCUUACGGUUGAUUCGUUUCCCUUAGAUCAACAAUCGAUCGAGAUUCCAGAAACGGAAUGCUCGGAUAGCUGCGAGAACGAUGUCGAUAUGGAUGAGUCGGACAGUUGCGACAACGAUGGCGACGAGAAUGACGAUUCCGAAGACGACGAUGAAGAUGACGACGAUAUUCACAGUACAGUAGUGACAGGAAAGUUUCUGCUGGAGAACGAUAACGAUAUAGAUCAGGACAGCGGUGGAGGCGGCGGUAGUGUCAGUGGAGGAGGAGGGACCGGUGGAAAUGGUCCCCAUGAUAAAAAAGCUCGUCUGGAAGCUUUACUAGAAGCAGCAGAUGAGGCAGCCCAAGCUCUCACCCGCAUGCGAUCAAGUGAAGGCGGGGGAAGCCCACGGGACAAAAAAAAUGCUCUUCGUAAUUUCAGCUUGCUCUCGCGCUCGCUGCUAGCCGCCUGUACCGACAAUGACGUUAACACUGUCCGGCGGCUUCUGGGCGAGGGCAACUCGCUGAAUGAGGCUACUGAUGAUGGCGAUUCACUACUAUCCUUGGCCUGCUCAGCCGGAUACUACGAAUUGGCACAGGUCCUUCUGGCCAUGUCUGCUCAAGUGGAAGAUCGCGGACAAAAAAAUGACUGCACGCCACUGAUGGAAGCAGCAUCAGCAGGCCAUGUCGAAAUUAUCGGGCUUUUGCUGAAGCAUGGUGCAGACGUUAAUGCGCAAUCAUCAACUGGGAAUACACCCCUGAUGUACGCCUGUGCGGGCGGACAUGAAGAAGCAGUCAAAGUACUUCUCGAUCAUGGCGCCAAUGUAGAAGAUCAUAAUGAGAAUGGACAUACACCGCUUAUGGAGGCAGCUUCAGCGGGACACGUGGGUGUUGCAAAGAUCCUACUGGAACGUGGAGCUGGCAUAAAUACACACUCGAACGAGUUUAAAGAGAGUGCACUAACGCUCGCCUGCUAUAAGGGUCAUCUAGACAUGGUUCGAUACUUGCUAGAGGCUGGUGCUGAUCAGGAACACAAAACUGAUGAAAUGCAUACAGCUCUGAUGGAGGCAUCAAUGGACGGCCAUGUGGAAGUUGCGCGGCUGUUACUGGACUCUGGUGCUCAGGUUAACAUGCCAACUGAUUCGUUCGAAUCACCUUUAACGCUGGCAGCCUGUGGUGGACACGUGGAUCUUGCGAUGCUUUUGAUCGAACGUGGUGCCAACAUCGAAGAAGUUAACGACGAAGGUUACACUCCACUAAUGGAAGCGGCUAGAGAAGGACAUGAGGAAAUGGUGGCAUUGCUAUUACAACAAGGUGCAAAUAUUAAUGCUCAAACGGAGGAAACUCAAGAAACCGCACUAACGCUUGCAUGUUGUGGAGGAUUUGUCGAGGUAGCUGACUAUUUGAUAAAGGCUGGAGCCGAUAUUGAGCUCGGAGCUUCAACUCCACUAAUGGAAGCAGCUCAAGAGGGCCAUAUCGAUUUGGUACGGUUUCUCUUAGAACACGGAGCGGAUGUCCAUGCGCAAACACAAACUGGUGACACGGCUCUAACGUAUGCUUGCGAAAAUGGCCACACAGAAGUUGCGGAUAUUCUACUUUACUACAGGGCUGAACUGGAGCAUGAAUCCGAGGGCGGUCGUACACCCUUGAUGAAAGCUUGUCGAGCUGGCCAUUGGUGUAUUGUCAAGUUCCUCAUAGAGAAAGGGGCAGAUGUUAAUAGACACACGACAAAUAACGAUCAUACUCCACUCUCAUUAGCGUGUGCUGGAGGGCAUUCAAACAUUGUGGAACUGCUACUGAAAAAUGGUGCAGACCCGUUCCAUAAACUGAAAGACAACAGUACUAUGCUAAUCGAAGCUGCUAAAGGUGGCCACAUCGGAGUAGUUCAACUAUUACUUGAUUUUCCCCAUUCGUUGAUCAGCGCUAAUACUGCAGCCCAACAAAAUCUCCUGAACAACGGUCAAAUUCAGUUGCAGCAAGCACAGCAACAACUUCAGCAACAGCAGCAGUUGAUAAUCACGCAAAAUCAACAACAGCAACUGCUAGCAGCUCCUCCUGGAUUAGUUCCGGUGCCAGAAUCAAUUCGCGUCUCUAAUAAACAAAUGUUUCAGCAGCAUCCCACGAUGGAGAACCUCGAUCAGCAGCAACAGCAGCAACAACAACAACAACAACAUCUAUUAACCACCAACAAGAUGCUUGCGAACCAUAAUGUAUUUCUUGACGGUCAUAUUGCCUCGGCUGAUCCCUCAAUCCUCGCACAGAUGCGACUGAUUCAGAUGCAAGGUUUCAAGGAUGGUCUCGCUCACGGACUCUCGCGCGCACCUGGUCAACAACAGCAACAGGCUAUUCUUUCCCAGCAGAUACCAUCACAUCUCGCAACUUCCCAGCAGCAACAAAUUAUUCUGCAGGGAACCAAUAAUACCACCGUAGUUCAGCAGCAACAACAGGUUGCUGCUGGACCAGGCGGUAUUAAACAGCGUAGCUUGUUGCGACAGAAGAUAGCACCGGCACAGGCAACGGCCACUGGAAUUACAACCUCUCAAUCGCAACAUCUAGCGUUUGACACAAAUCUUACUAGCUCGGAAGCACAGCAAGUUCGAAGCGAGCCUAUUGGUGAGGACAAUGGCAGCAGCGUGAGUAGCAGCGGAGCCACUUUGCAACAGCGUGCAGGUGUAGUUAUGCGCUCAGAUUACGAGAUGCAGUACACGAAACAGAUGCGAGAAAUGUAUCAGAAGUCACAAAAGGCAAAUAUUCAGUUCAUUUGUGACUCGAACGGCCCCCCACCGACACUGCUGCCAUCAACCGGAACCUACAUCGAUAUUACUACCCCAGCUCAAGGAGAAAAAUCGUCCGAUAGUGGUCUAGAAAUAGCUACAUCAUUGCCAGCUACACUGCAGCACCAGCAAGCAUCGUUACAUUUUGCAGCAAAUACAAAUACAGCCACUUCUGGUUCUGCUAAUACAUCUUCUGGUAGCGUAACACAUUUAACCGGUCCCUCGGAAGUAUCGCAAAGUACAGCCAUCAGCGACAGACCGAAGGUAAAACCGGUUUCGAAGAAGGAUGCCAAAAACAAUCGCAAGUCAGCUGCUGCUGCGGCUGCAGCUGCUGCCCAACAACAACAGAUUACGGGUCAACAACAGCAGCAGCCGUUAUGGCCUAGCACGACAACCAACGUUUUAAAACAAAAUCCAAUGGUGUCAAUUUAUAACAACUUGUCUGUGAUUCCAACCUCUGAACAAAAUGUGCAAGUACUGCAGCAAUCGCUUUCUAACUUGAGCCUCCAGUCGCCAGCUACUUCAGUUGCCGGUGGCUCCGGAACCGGAAGUGCCCAAAUUUCGGUUUCCCAGUCGAGCAGCCAGCAGCAGCCUGCCGCCUCUGGUAAUCGGACCAACUUCGGGGUGGUCACUAAAACACCAACCACAUCAGCAUCAGCAACGAUUCUUUCUAGCAAUAACAUGGUUCCUACGUCCAAUCUGUCGGUGAUCACCAGUGCAGUCGCAGCUCCUGCUGCGAGCGGCACAAUCACUUCUGUGCCAGCGAAUGUAAUUCAAACUACGAAUAAUCUAAUCAGUCAGCUCGAUCAGCAGACCCUAGAACUAUCUAAUUCCACACUAACUACAACUCCAUCAGCAACUAGCGCUGGCGUUAUUAGUGCAACAAAUAGUCAAAGUGGCGUGAGCAGUGUUGGCACUGGCAGUUUUAGUAGCAGCAGUGCUAGUGGCGCAAGUUGCAGUAGCAGUAGCAGCUCUAGUGGUAAUAGCAGCACUACAGCCACCACCAGCAGUAACAAUAGUGCUGGAGUUGCGAGUGGUGGUAUAAGUGUAAGCGGAGCUGGACUUGGGGGUGGUGGAAGCAGCAGCGCCCAUAGCUCUGAACACGAAAACCAACUUAAUCAACUAGCACUCAACACAUUGUGCAACCAGAAAAUGCUACAAAAGAUCGCCCAACGUUUUAUGGUUGAUCCACCAAAAUCACCUCCAGAUACUCCUCCACUUAGCUGUUCCAACGCGGAUGGACCAUCAUCACCACCACCCAGUGGUAAAGGAUUAGCCAAUAAUGCUGAGCUAGCAGAUUUGUCCCGAAUUUUUUGUGAGGUAAUGCACGAUUUUCGUUCCGACCUUCUACCAACUCCGGAAUUUGUCCAGGUACAUCAGCACGUUUCCAAUAUCAUCCAGCACAAGGCUGGUAGUAAUCAAAUCAAACUCAGCGAUAAUGAUGGACCCCAUCAGUACGUGGAAGAUGGAGACGAGCAUCUUCAGAUGUUCAAUAUAGACGAUUCGGAAAACGAAACAAUGUCCGAGUGCGUAGGUGGGAUAUAUCCAUCACUGGAUGAGUCCCUUGAAACUUUCAACCCGGAGGAUGGCUCAGUGGUAGCCACCGACGAUUCACGGGAAACUAUCUACAACUACGAAUGGGUUGAAUGCAUCGACGAAGUUAUUCACGCGUUGAACGGUUGUACCGAUAUACCGGUGGCUUUGCAGGAAAUGGCAGCAAAUCUUAGCUGCCAGGACAUCGACGCGUAUGCGAAUUUAAUCGGAAUGAAUUCGUUCUGCAAGACGCGCUGGGCUGGUAAUCAAAGUCAGCUGACCACUUCCGGUACAUCAUCGCCUAUCGAAGAAGAAGCCAAUAAUGUCAGCUUGGCCGAGACUGGUGAAGAGCAAUGUGGUUUCCGCCAAACAGGUACCUCGGGCCAAGCGGCUGCUACCGGUCAACUAAUGGCUUUUGAUCCAAACCAGCAAAUAUCGCUCGAUCAACUGCAGUUACUCAGUCAGCUACAGGCAACCACUACCGCCUCAGGGGCAACUGUACUUCAUCACCCUACAGCACCAGGUGCAACGGGAAGCGUAAAUAGCACCGACAGUCAGCAACCCAAGUUCGUGUUUAAUGUCGAUGCUGACAAAGCCUCGCAGGUACACUUGCUUUUCCAACUGCCGACAGCUCAACAACAACAACAGCAACAGUUGCAAAUUACACAAGAACAGCUCGAUCAACACGCAAUCGGCGGACAGUGCAAUGUUACUCUUCAGCAAGCAGCUGCUCUGCAACAAGCACAAUUACAACAUCAAGCUGCAGCUGCUGCCGCAGCAGCUGCUGUCGCUCAGCAACAACAACAGCAACAGCAGCAGCAACAGUUCCAGUCAACAAGUAUCGUACAUCCCAGUUCUGUGAUUUUGGCUCAGCAACAACAGGCACAAUCAGCUCAACAGCUUCAGCAAUUGCAUGCCCAGGCCCAGGCAGCCCAUUGCACACAGCAUGCGCAAGUGCAGGUUGCUACCCAGACCCAGCAGCCACAGACGGGUGGGCUGUUAAUUCCACGGCAGCAAAGUCCACAUACAGUGGAUUCAGCCACUUCUACAGCUGGAGGCAAAUCAAAUUCGAAGAAAACUGAAAAAUCUCGUAAAGAGAAGAAUCGAUUAGCUGGAAUACGCCAGGCUCCAGCAGGCCAGCAAAGUGCAGCUGCUGGAGGUUACCAAUUUGAAGCCAGUCCAGCACCAGCGCCAAUGCAAUAUCCACCUGCCGUUCCCGCCAAUGUCGUCCAAGAACGUCAAAUCGAUGUGGAUUCUGAAACUGAUUCGAAUCAUGAUACUGCCCUAACAUUAGCCUGUGCAGGUGGCCAUGAAGAACUAGUAGAACUGCUCAUCAGCCGGGGAGCCAACAUCGAGCACAAAGACAAAAAGGGGUUCACUCCACUCAUUUUGGCAGCCACUGCUGGUCAUGAAAAGGUCGUAGAAACUCUGCUUCGCCAUGGUGCGGAAAUGGAAGCUCAAUCCGAGCGAACCAAAGAUACACCUCUUUCGUUGGCUUGUUCCGGUGGGCGAUACGAAGUGGUAGAACUGCUUCUAAACAUGAAUGCCAACCGAGAACAUCGAAACGUGUCAGACUACACUCCCCUAAGCUUGGCUGCCAGCGGUGGUUAUGUAAAUAUUAUUAAACUGUUGCUUAGUCACGGAGCUGAAAUAAAUUCGCGUACCGGUAGCAAACUUGGAAUCAGUCCUCUUAUGUUGGCAGCGAUGAAUGGACAUACUGCCGCGGUGAAAUUAUUACUGGACAUGGGUUCUGAUAUUAAUGCACAGAUCGAAACAAACCGGAAUACUGCGUUAACGCUGGCAUGCUUCCAAGGACGCCAUGAGGUGGUUAGUCUUCUGUUGGAUCGUAAAGCUAAUGUCGAGCACAGAGCAAAAACCGGACUGACACCCCUUAUGGAAGCUGCAUCCGGUGGGUACAUUGAAGUCGGCCGUGUCUUACUAGAUAAGGGCGCCGAUGUUAACGCCGCUCCAGUUCCUUCCUCACGAGAUACGGCUUUGACCAUAGCCGCCGAUAAGGGUCAUUUGAAGUUUGUCGACUUGCUCCUAUCCCGCGGAGCGGCUGUUGAAGUGAAGAACAAAAAGGGAAAUUCACCGCUUUGGCUAGCUGCAAACGGAGGUCACUUGGCCGUUGUUGAGUUGCUUUGCAAUUCUGGAGCCGAUAUCGAUUCGCAGGAUAAUCGCAAGGUUUCCUGUUUGAUGGCCGCUUUUCGUAAAGGUCAUACUAAAGUGGUUAAAUGGAUGGUAAAUCAUGUGACCCAAUUUCCAUCGGAUCAAGAAAUGACGCGCUACAUCAACACAAUCAGCGACAAGGAAUUGCUGGAAAAGUGUCACGAUUGUGUCAAAGUUAUACGUGCUGCCAAGGAUCAGCAGGCAACCAAGGCGAACAUUAAUGCGUCCAUAUUGUUACAAGAACUUGACCUAGAGCGAAGUAGAGAGGAAAGCCGCAAGGCAGCAGCCGCCAAACGUCGUGAGCGCAAAAAACGUAGAAAAGCAGAAAAACGAGAACAACAACGUAAACUAGUCGAGGGCGAUGGUAAAGGUGGUAACAGUGAUGACGAGGAUGAUGGGGACGACGAUAAUGACACUGAUCAUGAUGAUGACGAAAUUGUUAAUGUUCCAGUGCAUACUAUUGUCGGAAACCGGUCUGUAGGAAACAGUAGAGUGCAACAGCCUCGCGAUCUUCCUAGUUCAUCAUCGUCUUCAACUGCCACAGGUAAUAAUGUCAGCUCAACAGUUGCUGGCGAGAAAGAGGAAGGCGAUUCUGGCAUCGAUGCUAACAGCCAAGGUUCAUGUUCAAGCUCCGAUGUAAAAUCCGCCAGUUUGCUUGAACAGCAAAGAAAAAACAAUAAAAAACGCAAACAACAACAGCAGCAACAGCACCAACAAUCUCGGGCCAGUUCUGCUAUUACCACCAAGGUUGCUCAUGCUAAGCAACAACAACAACAACAGCAGCAGCAACAGCAGCAACAACAACAGCAACAAUCCCAGUUUCCAGUUCAAACUCGGCAAAGUCACAGCCCGGAUAGCACAACAACGACGGCCAGCAACAGUUCUGUGGUUCAGGAUAAACACCAUCAGCAAAAAGAGAAAUCUGUUACAGGUCAACAGCGUCGUCAACCCCCGCAGCACACGAGUGAUAACAAACGUGACACCUAUGAUAACAAACAGCGGGAGAAAACCGUCGAAAAAGAAAAUGUAGCUCCGAAGGAAAGUACUCAUAAGCUAGAUACAAAACGAGAUCAUCAUCCAUUACCGCCACCACAACCGCCUCACCACACCAACAGCAGUCACCAUCAGCAGCAAGGUAAUCGGAAAUCCAUUAUUGUGUUCGGAUCAAACCGGCAUACCGCGGAUAAGGAAAGUUCUGAUCAUGAUGGAAGUGAAUCUACUACCUUCUACAACAGUAGCAGCAUCGCUGCCAAUCAACAAAAGAAGAUUCACGCCAACAAUAAAACCUUGUUCUAUCAUAACGAAGAGCAUCAACUGCAGAAAUCUACGAGUCCAACGAAGCAAACUUCAACCGCAAAUCAAGGCGUUGGGAAUGCGGCGGCAAUAAUACAAAAUAGCACCACUGCCGCCAAGCGCGAAGAAGGUUGGAAAGAAGUAGUUCGGAAGAGCUCUGUACAGCAGAGUCAAGCCACUCCGAUGGAGUGUAAAAAGGUUCAGGUUCCAGUUCAUGCAAUUUCUCGAGUCAUUGGUCGAGCAGGAAGUAACAUCAAUGCAAUUCGAGCUGCCACUGGUGCCCAUAUCGAAGUCGAGAAACAAGGAAAAGUUCAAGGUGAUCGAUCGAUCACUAUCAAGGGUUCACUCGAAGCUACUAAGCAGGCACACUCUCUGAUAGCUACGUUGAUUAAAGAUCCAGAUGUUGAUAUUCUUCAAAUGCUUCCUAAACACAACACUGCCAAAAGUGGCUCAUGUGCAUCUCCUGCACCUACACAACAAGCUACCCUCCCUACGAGUUCGAGCGCUUCAACCACAGCUCCAACGCUAUCCGCUAUGAUCGCUUCCGGAAAUACCAAUUCUCUAAUGAGUAGCUCCUCUACUGGAGUGUCUAAGGGUAAAAACGUGUUCGUUGCCUCUAAUCAAAAUAAACCAGUUACAGCAUCUGCAGCACUUGCUGCUGCUACCAGUAAGAAUGUCUCUACAUCAGGCAUGUCAGUUCGGCCAACAGUAGCGAAAAAUCUCUUCUCUGGCUCGGGUAACAACAAUGUUUCACAAACCUCGCGUGUAAUAUCCUCGAACAACAACGCCCCUUUACAACUUACAAAGGAUGGUGGCAAACGCCUUGGUGCCACAUCGACUAACAAUUUCGUACUAAAGAAUGCCUACACCAGUAUGGUACAGUCACUGAAGCAUUCAAUGAAAAAUGCCUCUGCCAAUAACAGCAAUGUCGCAGCUAGCAGUAGUGGAACUUUCGCGAAACUUGUUGCAGAUAGUGCUGGAAUAUCCACUGGUUCUACUGCAAUGCAAACCCAGAAGAAAUCAUCAAACAACAACCAGGCCACUGCCUCCAACAUGUCUCUUUCCAGUGGUAGUUCAUCGAGCAGCACGUCGUCCUCAAUAGUUACGGCUAGUGCACCGACUACGGCACGCCAGUCAGUGCAAAUAUUACAAUCACCAGCAAAAGGAUUACCGGCUCCGUUUGGGAAUUCUACAAUGUCUAAUAACUCUAACAGUCAGAGUAAUUUAAUCAACAGCAAUGCCAGUGCAUCAAUUGCCACGUCUACCUUCCUUUCGCAAUCUAACAACAGUGCAAUGACAAUUGCUAGUUCAUCGAUUCCAAUUGUUGCGUCUACACAUCCAGCUCCGAUACAGGCCUCAGUUAAAAUGCCUACAUUUAUUCCGCCAGUGGCAUCUACCGGUCCUGGCCUCAUUAUUGUUGAUACUAAUCCACUUCCAACGUCGAUAAGUAAUGCACCAAUUGCUCCAGUAGGAUCUGGUUCGGGGCGGUCAAUUACCCCGAUUGGACAACCGCCAACUGCGACCCGUACAAGCAUCACUCCUUCGCCACUAUUGCAAACAUCUGUAUCGCAAUCUUCACAUUUGGAUUCUACUACAUCCUCGGUCAUCGCAUCGGCCGUAUCGGCCAUCGGUAGUGGUAUACCAACGGCUGGUCCGAUUGGAAGUGGACUAUCCGCGAUGGCUUCUUCCUCUUGUUCCGCAACAUCUUCUUCUUUAACAUCCACUACGAGCUCAGCAAUCGCUCAGCUUCAAUCAAAAAUCAACAAUAAUCUGCACGCUAACGCGCAGGCGCAUGAGUAUUCCCUAUUCAAUGACUCGUACGGUAGCAGUCAAUGGGGAUCUAAUACUGGCGGAGGAACAGGUAGUGUAACCGGAGUAAGUCAUCAUCAUCAACACUUGCAUCACCACAGCCAACAGCAGCAGCAUCAACACCAACAGCACCAUCAUGGUCACCAUUCUCAACAUGGUGGUCAUCAUGGGGGUAGUGUGCUUGGGUCUGCCGUAGUAGGUGGUACCAUUGGCGUUCUAGAUAGCGCCGCGGGAGGAGCAAGCAAAGUUAUCUACAGUCAUCCGCACAGUGGUGCGUCUUCCUUCAUCGAGAACGAAUCUCCAUUGCAGGUCGACGCAUCCAAAGCCCCAGGAUAUCGCGGUACUAGCGUAUCUUCUCCGGUUAGUUCCAAAACAUCGAGCAAUUCUGGCACACCUCCAUCCAGUUCGACUUUAUCCCAGCAGCAGCACUCGCAUUUGCUGUCAAGUUGCCCACCAACUAGUACCAACUCCGGCAACGCUCCGAUCGGUCCUCUGUCUCAACCAACACCUGGAUUACUAGGACAUCACCAGACAUCUCAGGCUGCAUCAUUCUCGUCACCAAAUGAGCACAACGUCAUCAAACCACCUCAACAACAAUCGCAGCCUCCUCCCAGUGGUCUAGCAGUCCAGCGUCCGUUGAUUAACCCGUCUCAAAUACGUCCUAUUUCAGGACAAAUGGCCUCGGAUUACAGCAGUCUAGUGAAUUCUAGAGAACACCCACCUCCGAUUGUGGGAAGUUCCAGGCCACCUCCUUCUAUGUUCGACGCUCUUCAGUCUCAAAGCCCACAUAUGUUGAAUUUUGGUCCGGAUACUUUACAAUCUUCGUACCAGAGUCACAUGGGUUUGGGAGCUAGUGGAGGAGGCGGUGGAUUACCGCCCAUUUCCCGCCUAAACCCAAAGGCUUCUGCUUUUUCGGCGAUUCCACAAUCGCAAAAUCAUCAACCAUCUGCACCAGGCAGUAAACUUUCAUCGUCUAACCAGUACAGCAGCAUGUUUCACCCACCAGGUCCAAUUGGCAAGUAUCAAAAUCUUCCACCAAACGGCGGUGCUGGAGGUCAUCAGAUGCCACCAUACGGCCCCAAUCGAGCUAACUCUCAACAUGGGCCAGGACCUGGACCUCCAGGUCCACCUGGUAGUAAUCGUAAUGCAGGAGCAACAGGCGGAGCAAACUGGUUUUCUGAUCUCGCACAUCUACAAUCCAGAGAAAAUCUCAUGAAUCUUGAAAACGGCAUCGGAAUGGCUUUGGGGGGAUCACCAACAAUUUCACCAAAUAAUAACAAUGGACCCACUGCAAACGGUGGUCUUGUCGGUGGACCACCGGGAGGAGUAUUACCACCUCAGCAAGACGACGGUCGUAAAAUGGCCCGGGCCAUCGGUUCCGAAAGAGCUAGCUGGAAGUUUAAUUACGGAUCCAAUGGCGGAAUUGGUGCAUUAGACAAUGAUCCUACCGCUCUCGCUGCUGCAGCAGCUGCCGCUGCUGCUGCUACCGGAAAUGCUCACUGGAUGGUGGACAAAAACCUAGCAGUUGGUGGUGGUGGUGGUCCACAGCAGCAAUGGAUGGGCCCUCCACCCAGGCACUUUAUUGAUGAUUUGCAUCUGCCAGACCACUUUCAAUUGCAAAUGGAAUACCACAACACACUAAGUGGCAGCAGUGGUGCCGUUGGCCCCAACCAACCUAACAUAAACUUCAUGCAGUCGUUGCAGUAUCAGUUUAUGCCGGGUGGACCGAACGACAUGGGCAACAACGAUGGACCAUUGCAACAGCCAUGGGAGCACGAUAAACAUGUUUGGCCAGCCAAAUGGAGCGGACACUGAAGACAUGUACUCGAAAAAAUAGAAGCGGAAAUGUAAAACGCAAGAUGCUUCUCAAUAUUAUGAAGCAGGGUUAAAUUUAUGAAACAGUAGAAAAUUGCCGCGCAGCAUAACACCAUAGCACAAAACGAAAAUUUCCUAUGGUUUUAUUUCAUUGUUAGAUUAUCGACAGGGAUGGUUCAGCAGGAAAAAAAUGAAAAAUGAUCUAACCAUUUCUAAUGAAACUGAAAAAGAGCAGAAAACGAUGUCUUGCACAUACCAACUGCUUUGUUUUUUCGACUUGAGGUUCACGCUAGUUUUUGGGAAAUAGAAAGAGUAGUAAAGUACGCUGCUUUACACUCUCGCUUUACGUAGAGAUAAGAAAUUGUAUGGAGAAUAAUACGAAGAAAUGAAACACCUGCAAACAUAUGGUUUAAUUUUCAAUGGUCACCCAUUCUGGUUCUUAAAAAAGUUUUUAGUGCAAAUAUCGAAUGAGCUCUCUUGUGAACUAGCGAAAAAAGCGUAAGGAUAAUUGAGUAUCAUUUUUUCUAACCCCUGUCUUAAUAAUGGAAUAACUAUCUUCUUUCGUUCGAUAUUUUUUGUGUUUCCUCAGCUUGAAUAUUUUUUCAUUGCUAUAUAUCCAUAGAAAUGAAAAUUACAAGCAAUAAAAAUGUAGGUAAAGCUAAUUGUUUUUCACUGCUUUUUAGUUUAGUUUUCUGUUUUUUAUCUACUUAAUCCAGUAACUUUUGCCUAUUUGAUUAAUUUUUUUUGUGUAUGUCUGCUUCUCCAUCGGGAACGAACUUUUCAUUAUACUAGGGUCGCGAAACCAUUUUUCGCCUUGACGAACUACAGAGACAACUCCGUUAUUCUGUUAAUGCAACUCAUUACUAAUAAGAUUCAGAGGGAAAACAAAACUACUGAUAUGUUGAUAUGAUAAACAAUUACCUAUUUUUCACGAGUAUUAAACUUACUUCUGACCGGAAACUAAUGGACAUUAGAUGGAUAUCUGCUUUUUACAAAUUUUAGUUAUGCUUCCUCUUCAUUCAAAUUUGUUUAUAAGUUUCUUAUAUCUGUCAUGCGCUCACAGCUUAAGCAAAAAUAUAAACGAGAAAUUGCAGUAUAGGCUGAAUGCAUACCUAAAUACUACUAAAUAAGCUAUCACAUUACUAGACCGCAAAACAAAGAGGAUACCGACAAAAUAACUUACACAAUAAUUCAUCUUAAAUGGGUGUUCAUGUGUGUAUCUUUUGUUUAGAAUUUUCGCUACUCAAUAACAACAGAAAAAAAUAUUGGCGAUUGUCAACAACGUUGGCUACAUUCAUGCUAACUUCGGCCGGGUUAGCAAUAAUCAACGAGUAAACGAGUGACAUUGAAAUAAAACAGGUGAACGAUUAUUACUUAUAUACUACUCUGAAACCCAAGCUAAAUUAUAAAGACGCAAAUGAUUUUUAAAUAACACGAUAAAAAACACAAAACGCAAACAUGUUCGGCAACAUUUUAAAUUGCUUGAAAAGGAAACGCGAACAGAAGAGAAUAGAAUAUUAUGACGAGUAGUUAACGAAUAUGUCAUUUGUUUCACAUUUUGAAGAAAUUGUUUCUUUUUUUCGCUUAGAUACACAUAUUCACUCUCCCUGAAAUCAAUAUCGAUAAAACAGUGAAUGGGGUGGUUCAACACAGAGGAUUUAUUGCUUUUUCUAUUUUUCUUAUGUAGUUGUUUUAAUUGAUAUUUUGACCACGAUGAUGAUGACGAUGAACUAGCGCUAGAGCACACUUCUCUCGAUUGUUUUGGGUACACGCGUUCGAUAAGGAUUCUAUAAGGCUUCUGAAGAAAACGAUUCAUGGGGGAAAGCUACUGUAUAAUUCAAUUGGGCCUGGAUUAUUUGGUUGCUCUUCAAGUUCACGUGGCUAGUAGCCUUAGAAUCCCGGUCACGCAGCAAAAUUUUGAGUUUGGAUGCAAAUAUAUACACGCUUCCGCCUUUCGUGAAAUAAUGCAAACAAUUCGAACGAUAAUUAUAUCAAUGCGAGUAAAAAUUAAUUUGGAUGCAAUGAUCGUUAUCGAUGUUUCAUGAAGAAUAGUAGGCACGGUAGAACGACACAUAUGCUAUACACAAUUCAAACUGCAACACUGAUGAUGAUGACGAUGAUUACGGAAAUGAUAAAAUAAAAACCUUCAUAGCUACAAUAAAAGAAACAAAUAAUGGAAGUAUGAUAACAAUUGCAUUAGCGUAUGAUUAUCAAAUAUAUAUAUAAAAAAUACAAGGACAUACUGGCGGUAAUUGCAAAAAAAUAAACACAUUAAAAAUGAUGCAAGAAGAAAACAACAUUUACUGAUUAAUGAUUACUGAUGAAUUAUUGCUUAACUAAUUAAUAAUUAUUAUAUAUUAUUAUUAUUAUUAUUCUAUAAAUUAUAUAUUAUAUUUGGAAAAUAACCAUAUAAAGUGAAAGGAAAUAUAAAUAAUGAAAAGAAACAUGCCGGUAAAAAGCAAACA